UUCACCAGUGUGCCUAUUUGGAGUGAAGGAGUGAAUUAGCACGGAUAAUAGAUUUUCUGUAAAAGUUUUUCUGUUGAGGAAACUCCGGAAGUUGUGGUGAGGAGUGGUGCAUGCAUAAAAAGGUUCUCCUGUUCAGUAACUGUAAAAUCCUCAAUUGGAGUAGCAGACGCUGCGCUUCUCUCCGCGUGAUCUCGCGCCCUACACACGAAAAGGUUCUCAUCCAUCAGUUGAUUGUCUUCCUGAAUUCUCGAAUCUCCAUCGACAAAGAUAAAAGUAUUGGAGAAUUUUCUUGGGCUUUUAUUUGAACUUGAAGGAAAAGGGAAAAUCAUGAGUAGUGCACCUUAUCGUGUGGUAUUUGUUCGUCAUGGGGAGAGUGAAUGGAACAGCCUGAAUCUCUUCUGUGGCUGGCACGAUGCUGAGCUGAGUGAUAAAGGAAAAUGGGAUGCCGUUAAGAUCUCUGCAGAAGCACUAAAACGUGCUAAUUUUGCCUUUGACGUUGCCUUCACGUCUGCCCUCACGCGAGCCAAUCAGACACUCGAAUUGAUCCUCAGCGAGAUGAAUUGCACAAAGAUUCCUGUGCAUCAAGCCUGGCGGCUCAAUGAGAGACACUAUGGGGGUUUGACGGGAUUCAAUAAGAGACAAAUGGCCGAGGUGUAUGGGGAGGAGCAGGUUCAGAUCUGGCGGAGGAGUUUCGAUGUUCCACCGCCCAGGAUCACCUGUCUCAAUCCCUACUACAAUGCCAUCAAGACCAACAGCAAAUUCAGAAAAAUUCCCACAAAUGACUUCCCAGAUGCAGAAACUCUCAAAUCCACCAUGACCAGGGUUAUACCGUACUGGGAGGAUUCUAUUGUCCCAGAAAUUCGUCAAGGGAAGCGUGUGUUGAUUGUAGCUCAUGGUACAAGUCUUCGAGGUCUCGUGAAGCAUAUUGAAUCUCUCACGGAGGCUGAAAUCAUGAAGUUCAAUCUGCCAAACAGCAUUCCCUUCUACUAUGAUCUCGACGAAACGAUGAAGCCUGUGGGAAAAAUUAAAUUUCUAGCUGAUGACAAAACUGUUAUCAGUGCAAUGAACAAAGUAGCGUCGAUAGAUAGUAAAUAGCGAAGUUGAUUUUACUAUAAACCAGAUACACUAUUUUAUUCAGGUACUAAAGAUAACUAAAAUAAAAAAAAAGAUAAGAGAAGGCCGUAGCAAGUACAAAUUUACUAACCAUCACAAUCAUUCUUUCUUGGAUGUUCUAAUGGUGUUUCUAUUUUUUAUUGACAAUAUUGUUUUAAAAUAUACGUACAAUAGUGUACUAUUUCAAGAGAUUAUUUGAUAAAUAAACCAUUGAUAUAAGUGUUGCAUGGAAAUUU